UUCCCCCCCACGUUUCGUUGCCCUAAUUCUUCAACCCAUGGUAGGUACUUUUCUUACGCUCGUCAAGCUAUUAAUGGUUAAACUACGUCGUGGGCGUAACGGCUCCUUGUAAUGGCGACCGUGCCGUAGAUGUUCCCAGGUUUGUGAAAAUGAAGCGAAGAAGAAGUUAUUUCUUUUAAGUAAAACGCCGAGGUUCCCCGCAGGAGGACUUUGCGUCUCCAAUUAUCGUCUUUAUAAGUGGAAAACUUAGCUGUACUUUUGAACUUUUGCGCUCCCGAAAUGAUGAAGCUCAAGUCAAACCAAACCCGGACGUACGACGGGGAUGGUUACAAGAAGCGGGCCGCCUGCCUGUGUUUCAGGAGCGAGACCGAGGAGGAGGUGCUACUGGUGAGCAGUAGUCGACAUCCUGACAAGUGGAUAGUUCCCGGUGGGGGGAUGGAGCCCGAGGAGGAGCCCAAUGUUGCCGCAGCUCGAGAAGUGUGUGAAGAGGCUGGUGUGAAGGGGACUUUAGGUCGCUUAGUGGGAAUAUUUGAGAAUCAGGAGAGAAAACACAGGACCUACGUGUACGUUCUUAUUGUAACAGAGGUGCUGGAGGACUGGGAGGACUCAGUCAACAUUGGGAGAAAAAGGGAAUGGUUUAAAAUAGACGAUGCCAUACAAGUGUUGCAGUGUCACAAGCCUGUGCAGGCCACCUACUUCGAGGCUCUCCAGGAGAGUUGCCUGACCAGUAAUGGAACACCACUGGUGACCACGAUAGGCGGGGACCUCUCCCCUACCUACAGCAUCAAUCAGAGCUCUGUCUCGGGGAUCAGAUAACUAAAACCACAACUCUGAAUACCCCAGGAGCUUUCGCCACCACCUGCGCUCUUACGUGUCAUUUCUCUUCUCUUCUUUUUUUCUUCUUCUUCUUCUUCUUUUUUUUUCCAGUAACAUGAUUUGCCUUGCCAACUCCUUUGUGCCAGAAAUCUGGCGCAGACUCAACAAGUGUUGGAUGCACAGUCUAAACACUUUGUAAAUGUAAAUGUAAUUUUUGACCCCUCCUUCUUUUUUCUCUUUUUACUGACAACUGCAUGAAGUGUCCCCUCAUUCCCUUUUCCUUAACACGCCCUUAGCGUGCUGUUUAUUGAAUGCAAGAACUACUUUUUACUGUUGUAAUGUAAAAGUGUAUACUUAGUGCUUAAGCUGAAGGCUUUUGGUGGUCUUUUUAACGUCUCCAUUUUUUAUUUUUAUUUUUUCCUGUGAAUGAAUGUGCUCAUAUUAAGUGUACUGCCUCCCCUGUUGUAAGGAUAGGAAAUAUUGUCUGUAUCUGAAUGAACAGAAUUGUGGGAAGUGAGUUGUCUUGCAUGAGCACUGUUAUGUUGCUUUUCAGUCACUGGAGUGACCUGAUGCUGACUGUGCAACAGACUUGUGGUAAGGUCUUUUGGCUUUUCUGCACUCUUCUCCCUGUUGUGGUUGUUGAUGUCUUUUUAAUCAGAAGGAUAUGGCCCCUUAAGCAGUUACUCAAUUUUAGCAGUUAUUCAAUUUUAGUCCUCUUUAAAUUUCAUUUGUCAACUGUGUUUGUGUCCUAUUUGGGAAGCUAGCCAAGCACUACAGGU